AUGGCUAAGAGACCAGCAGAAGAACUUGGGACUGAAGCAGACGCACUGAAGGGCGGUGAGCGACCUUUGAAGGUAGAAGAUGGCGAAGAGAUGGAUUUUGAGGAUGAGUUUGAAGACGAGUACGAGAGCGAGGAAGACAUCUUUGAAGCAGGAGUAGACGGGCGGCCGGACGAAGAAAGAGAAGCUGAAGAGAGAAGGGGUACGUGGUACUCGCCAGAAGCAUUGUGCGAUUGUCUGCCCUUUAGUGCAAUCCGGUUGUCCUGA